AUGGAGAUGCAAGGCCGCUUAGUGGACUCCACCUUAAUCAACUUUGUCAGUGAUAUGAACCUGAUGGAGUUUCCACCAAAGUAUGCUUUAGCACCUAAACAGCAGGUGGAUGACACCCCAACCAGUCCGAGCAACCAGACGCGGCUGAACGACUCGUCCUGGAGCAGAGACCUGGAGGACGGUGUGCGCGCCGAGCAUGUGAUGAUGGGUUCACCGAGGUACUACGGGACGCACGGACACACCAGGUCCAAACGGAGGAGGAUCAUCACCGUGGUCCAGCGGCAGGCGGCCAACGUACGGGAAAGAAAGCGGAUGUUUAGCCUGAAUGAGGCUUUUGAUGAACUCAGGAGAAAAGUUCCCACAUUCGCCUACGAGAAGAGACUCUCCCGUAUCGAGACGCUGCGCCUCGCCAUCGUCUACAUCUCCUUCAUGACAGACCUGCUGGAGAACACCUGA